AUGGCCAGACAGGACACCCCCCUCUUCCUCCAUGGCUUUGACCUGGGUGGUCACUUUGUUGACCUUCGACCUCUUGGCACAGGUGUUACAGGCCUGGUUCUCUCAGCUGAGGAUCAGCGCACCGGACAGCGCGUGGCCAUCAAAAAGCUGGUGAUGCGUGAUGCUGUGACGGUGAAGCACGCUCUCCGCGAGGUCAAAAUCACACGGCGGCUGCACCACGAAAAUGUGGUGAGUGUCCAUGAGGUUUUGGCGCCGUAUGGAAGACCACUUCCCAGAGACCCGACCCAGCUGAGUGCCCUGUACAUUGUCCAGGAAUGCAUGGAAACGGACCUGGCUCGGCUGCUGGAACAAGGACCGCUACCAACAGGUCACGCUACUCUGCUGUUCUACCAGCUGCUGAGGGGACUGAAGUUCAUCCACUCAGCUAACGUCCUGCACAGAGAUCUGAAGCCUGCCAACAUAUUCAUCAACACAGAUCAACUGCUGCUCAAGAUUGGAGACUUCGGGCUGGCCAGGAUAGUCGACCCUCAUUAUUCUCAUAAGGGCUAUCUGUCCGAGGGUCUUGUUACUAAAUGGUAUUGUUCCCCCCGUCUGCUCCUGUCCCCCAACAACUAUACCAAGGCCAUUGACAUGUGGGCCGCUGGUUGCAUACUGGCUGAGAUGCUCACUGGACGCAUGCUGUUUGCAGGAGCUCACGAGCUGGAGCAGAUGCAGCUGAUUCUCAACACAGUGCCCGUGUUGAGAGAAGAGGACAGGCAGGACCUGCUACAGGUGAUGCCUUCAUAUGUCAGUCAUGGAUGGAGAGUCAAGAAACCCUUUUCUGAAUUGCUUCCUAAAGUGGAUGCUCAGGCUGUGGACUUCCUUGAGCGUAUCUUGACCUUUAACCCCAUGGAUCGGCUGACAGCUGAAGCGGCGCUAUCCCACCUGUUCCUCCAGCAGUACUCCUGUCCAGAGGACGAACCCACCUCAUCGCAUCCCUUCCGCAUCGAGGAUGAACUGGUGGACAGCCUCGUCACUGAGCAGAGCCUCAGCAAUAGCAACAGUCAGGCUUCCAGCAUCCAUUGGGAGAGGUACAGCUUAUCAACAGAUGUGUCCUGGCAGCAGUCAGACGGGAGGUGUCUCUGCAUGCCUCCAGGCCACAUGACUUCUGACCUGGGAGACACUACAGAGGAUGAGGAGGUGCAGAGAGACCCCCGGGCCAGUACCACCUCACUGUUAGAGGAGGCACAGGUCGACCCCCGUAAGUAUUCCCACAGCAGCUCAGCUGAACGCUUCCUGGAAAACUCUCACUCCUCUCUGGAACGGGCCUGUGGUUUGGCGUACGGGGAGCUGGACUGUGGCCGUUCCUGCGACUACAAAGUGGGCUCUCCUUCGUAUCUGGAUAAAAUUGCCUGGAGGGAGGGCAAGCCUCAACACUACUCAGAGCCUAAGCUGAUCCUGGAUCUGUCUCAUUGGAAGCGUAACACUAGCAGCCUCCCUGUGCCUGCCGAGCCUAUUGAUAGCAGCGUGGAGGACCUGGGAGAGAUGAAGGAGGAGGAAAUAGAAGAGGAGGAAAACGAAGAGACAGGGGAUUUAUUCCAGGAGAUCUCUCGCUGGGUUGAGAGCACCCAGUCUCGUCUGCACUCACCCAGUCCCAGUCCCUCUUUGGAGCCGUGUUCACCCUCCUGCUUCACUUCCUCUCCCCCUCUCCCUCUCUCCCCGACUGACCUCCCAACUCCGGUCUUCCACUACACGGAAGUUGUGCGGCAACCAUCAGCUGAAUACGAUGAAGACAGACUGAGCCCACUUCAGCCUGUCAUGUCUUCCUGUAAUUCCCUUCCCUUACUUCUCCCCUCAUCUCCCACCUCCCCACUUCCACCUGGGUCAUCUCAAACAGUGUCUCCCCCCACCUCGCCACGUUUUCCUCCCCCAGAAUCUCAACCCUUUUCCUCUACUUCCUCCAUUUCUCAGCCAGUAAAUGAUGACUCCUCGGAGUCACUUCCUGUCAAGCAGAAGGAUCGGCUGUUCGACCUGGACGUGUUCAUAUCCCGAGCUCUGAAACUGUGCAGGCAGAAUAAGGAGAAAGCAGAGGGGAAGAGAGUAAAGGAGGGAGGAUGGAGGGAAGAAAGCAAACAGCCGAAUAUUAAUCGAAAGGUACCCAGGCUUCCAGAGCACAGGACUCCACCACCACAGACUCCCAACUCUUGA